UCUAUUUGGUAAUUAUGAUACUUCUUUAAUGCAAAUGAGUACUCAGUGAUAGAAGUCAUUUUUCCUUAUAAAUAAAAAUGUUUCCUUGAAAAAUUCAUUUAAGUAAAUAAACACUGAAAAAUGACUUUAUCAAAAAACAUUACUCUCCAUAGUAAAUCCCUAAAAGGAAAAUAACAAAAAAGACAAAAGUAUACCCUUGUCUUGACUCAAUAAAGAAAAUAAAAAAGAAAAACAGGUUAAUAAAAAUAAUUCGCAUGGUCAACACUCAACAUGCUCAUUAGCCAGUAGAGAAUACUAUAUAAGUUAGCUUCAAAGGGAAAGAGAACAUCACAUUAGAGCUUCAAUAAAUAAAAAAAAUCAGCCGAAAAAGUAAGUAUUUCACUUAUAAAUUAAGCAUUUCUAUUACAUUUUUAAUUCCUUAUAUCUCCUCCUUGUUAUAUUUGAAGAAGAAAUUUCUCAAACUAACAUUGAAGGAACAUAUAACCCGAUGGCUGCUCCUGAUUAUGAUAUGCAAGAAGAAGUUUGUGUGAUGUUGGUUGAUCAUGACAAAGAGUUUGUUAAUGAGAUGGUUGAUUUGCUAAUGUCAUGUGGAUAUAAAGUUAUGACGGUUGAUAUGACUUCGGCAGCAAUGUCAAUGCUCUCCAAAGGAAAGACAAAAAUCGAUGUGAUGAUAAUUAAUGUCAAUUCACUUGAUCUGCAAUCCUUUCAGCGUUUGGCUGAUCAAGCUGUGGCCUUAAACAUUGUCUCACUCUGUGUAUAUGAUGAACACAAUCCACUCUUAGAAAAGAAGGCUUUCGACACUGGAGCUUACCUUUACCUAAAAAAGCCACUUCACGAGGAAAUUGCGAAAUACUUGUGGCAAUUUGUAUUGAGGGAAAAGAUUCAAAAGAAAAAAAGGAGAGAAAGAUUAGAAGAAAAUGGAGAUCAUGUGAAUGUUAUUGGUGGUGCUGAUGAUAUUGGUGACAAUAAUAUUGCUGGAGAUGAAGAACAAGUUGUAGAGAAGAAUGUGUCUGGAAACAAUGUCAUAUCAAAUGGAAAAUACAAGUUAACGAGAAAGAGAGGUAGAAAUAGUACAGAAGACACUAAUAAAGGAGAGAGCCAGAGCAGUGCUAAUAAGACCGUUGGGAAAAAGGUCUGCACAGAAUGGACAAUAGAUCUUCAUACCAAAUUCGUGGAAGCUAUGCAACAACUUGGUGAUGGAAGAUGUUAUCCACUAGACAUUCUUAAGGUGAUGAAUGUGCCUGGUCUUACCAGGAUGCAAGUUGCAAGUCACCUUCAGAAAUGUCGUAACAACAACUGGAGAGCUCAAGAAAAGCGAAAAUCGAUUUGUCACCCACCAGGUCAAAGAUCCUCAAGUGGUUCUCAACAAAGAAGUAGCUUUAAAAAAUUUGGGAGAAUGCCUCAUUUUCAAACGAAUAUUCCAAGUCCGCAACAACAGCAACGUAACCCGAAUCAAACCCAAAGUAGCCCACAUAAUAUCAACAAUAUAUUUACUAGAGGAGAAAGUUCGUCUCAGCAGCAGCUCAAUCGUCCACAACUUCAGGUUCAACCCCGCAACCCUAGCAUUGUCUAUCCAUUCAAUAACCCAUCUUUGUCGACUCAAAAUAGUGUUGGCGGUGGGCUACAACAACAUGGACCAUUAUUUGGAACACUGGGUUCACAAGGACUACAAGGCCCAACUAUAACUAAUUAUAGGUCAGGACCGCCGUUUAACAGUGGGGAUCAUCAUACUCAAAAUGACUAUGAGUUGGACCUCAAUGUGCCCUAUGAGUUGGACCUCAAUGUGCCCUAUGUAACAACAAAUUCAGAUAGCGCAAUAAUGUCCAAUGUAGACAUUGAAAAUGCAACAAGUAAUGAAUUUGGAGCAGCUAAUCCUAGUUUCCACCUAUAUAUUGGCGAAUCAAAUAUGUAUGAUCCAAGCAAUAUUGUCGCGGCAUCACACGCAAGUGAUACUGAUCAAGGAAGUUAUUCAAAUGAGAGAGAGAAUUAUGAAGCAUAUAUGGAUUCCAAAAAUAUGGAUUAUAUCUUUCAAAAUCUCGAAUCUCCAGGUGCUGACCUACCUAAUGAACAAGGCAGUGAGUUUGAUCAAGUUUACUCUGAUGAUCAGGUUAUGACACCAAGUGUCCAGUUUCCAGGAAUAGCAAAUUCUCCUGACGAAUCAGCGUGAUCAAUGCAGUCUUAAGGCUCUUUGCAGAAACAAAAUUGUUUACUCAAGUGGAAUUGUUGCAUCUUUCAUUUCUUUUUCUUUUUUUGGAUACUGUAGUUUCAUUUUUAAACUGUUUGUAUUACAUCGAGGGAGGAGGAGGGGAAAAGGGGAAUAACAUACUAUACUUCCAUAUCAAUUAUGGAAAGCCAAAGGGGAACUCAUUACUUUUUUGGCCGGAAUAAUGCAUCACUUUAUUUGAUAAAA